AAUAGAACUGGAACGAAGCUUCGUUUUUUCAGCACGUUUGGCCCAUAUCUGACUGGGAUAUAUAUUUUUUUUUUUUCAUACUGCCCAAUAUUGAUUUCUAUCGCUCUGAAGCAUGGGAACCACAAAACCGCGCCCCCCAGGACGAACCUCCGUCGCCAAAGCCCAAUCCCUCCCGGACAAGACCUUCAUCAUCGAUAAUGGCGCAUACACAAUGAAAGCGGGUUACGCGCCCGACUUCCCGCCUCCUGAAGACAAAGAAACUGCUCUUUCAGCUUGUGCUGUGAUCCCCAAUGCGAUUGCAAAAACCCGCGGAGGUCGAGUCUACGCGGGCGCCCAGAUUAACACAGGCGUCACAGACUGGAAUGAGAUGAUAUUCAGGCGACCGGUCGAGAAGGGGUACACGGUGAAUUGGGAAGCGCAAAAGGAAAUCUGGGAGAAUUCUUUCUUUGAUGAGAAAACGGUGCGAUCUAAAGAUAUGCGCAUCGCGGACCCGGAGGAUGUGACACUCUUGUUUACGGAGGCUCCGAAUGCCUUGCCAGCAUUGCAGAAGAACGCGGAUGAGAUUAUUAUGGAAGAGUGGGGGUUUGGCGGUUAUUUCAGAUGUAUUGGUCCGUCAUUAAAUGCCUGGAACGAGAUCCAGUCCUUGUUCGGUGACCCUCUCUUGCAAAAACCUGAUUCUGCUGUCACACCCACGGAGUGCGUGCUCGUGGUGGAUUCCGGAUACUCUCACACCAUCGUCACACCGGUUUACAAGGGGCAGCCUCUCCAACGCGCCAUCCGACGGCUUGACCUUGGGGGCAAACACCUGACAAACUAUCUUAAAGAACUGGUAUCUAUGAGGCAGUACAACAUGGUCGACGAAACCUAUAUAAUGAAUGAAAUUAAGGAGGCAGUCUGCUUCGUGAGCCGCAAUUUCUCCAGCGACCUCGAACAGACAUGGAAAGGCAAUGCUAAGCGCGGACAACCCGACCCUGGGGAAGGCGUUGUGGUUGAUUAUGUGCUGCCUGACCCCAAUGGAGGCAAGAAGGGCUUCAUGCGACCGCAUGAACCGAUUCUGAAUUCCAAGAAGAGAAAGGCUACUCUCUCAGGCGCGGGCGCAGAGCCACUCUCCGAGGAUGUCUUGGUUUUGGGGAACGAACGGUUCGCUGUGCCCGAGAUCCUUUUCACGCCUAGCGAUAUUGGCAUGAAAUCAGCCGGAAUCCCGGAUAUAAUCUUGCAGAGUCUUUCUGUAUUACCUACAGGUCUCCACCCAGCCUUCUUGGCUAAUGUUCUUGUUGUUGGAGGAAAUUCUUUACUCCCCGGAUUUUUAGACAGACUGGAAACGGAAUUGCGCCAAAUCGCGUCGGCAGAAUGUGUUGUAAGAGUUCGACGUCCUGAAGAUCCAAUACGCUCUACUUGGCUUGGGGCAUCCCGACUGGCAACCAAUAGAGAGGAGCUCAAGAAAGUGGUGAUCACUCGCCAGGAAUAUCAAGAGAACGGCUCUGCUUGGGCUGGUCGGAGGUUCGCUGGUGCUGUAUAAGCAUAAAUAGCAUGUUUUGUUUGAUAUGUGGUAUUAGCGUUUGGCGUAUGUAUACGGAGGGUAAAAUAGAAGGGUCAUUCAUUUUAUAGGCAUGCUACUAGUAGUGUGUUGGUAUUUUUUUUAACAUAAUUUUUGUCAGUGAUACCCUUGCCGUUAAUACUUCAGCAGUCCAGAUUAUUCUUGAUUGAUACCAUGGCUACUCAGUUACAGUUGUUAGGUGGUAAAAAUAAAAUGCCUUCAUCACAAAUUUG